GGAUUUCUAUUAUCAACAGUCUUCACAUAACAUCACCUCCACUUUCUCUCCCUCCCCCUCCCCUCUCCAAUACCAAAGUAACCUCUCUCAUCUUUUUUGUCUCCUUUCACUUCCUCAAUUUCUCAGAAAAUUUAAAGUAACAUGAACCUUAAAACAUAACAUAGUCAUCAACCUCAAAACAUAGUCAAAAACCAAUCUAAACCUUCUUCAUGGAGAUAGUGUCAUGACUCAUGAGUCCUAUGAUGUGAUAUAUAUUUAUGAGGUUUUAUAUUCUUAGAAUCCCAUAAUUCAAACAAAGGUAAGAUAUAUAUAAAUUUUUUAUUUUUAUUUUAUUUUUUAAAAAUUUCAUGUUAUGUUACUAGAUUUAUUAUGAUGGAGGUUUUAACAACAACAACCACCACAAACACAAACACAAUCAUUACUCCAUUAACAAAUUCAAAACCACAAGAACCCGAAUCAGAAAACCCGACCCGAAUUCAACAACCCAUAACCUUAAACAUAACAAAGCCUUUGUCUUUUUCAAAUGGUGUUCUUAAACGCCACCACCCAAACACUCAUAACCACCAUAACAACCACCACCACAACAACAAUAACAAUAACAACAACGUUGUUGUUACUUACAAAGAAUGUCUCAAAAACCACGUGGCAACUUUAGGUGGUCAUGCACUUGACGGUUGUUGUGAAUUCAUGCCGUCACCAACCGCCACCUCCGAUGACCCUGCUUCCAUAAAAUGCGCCGCUUGUGGUUGUCACCGGAAUUUCCACCGCCGUGAACCGGAAGAACCAAUUUCCACCGUUUUUGAAUAUCAACCACAUCACCGCCACCAUCCACCACCGCCGCCGUUGUUUCAAUCCCGUUCACCAAGCUCCCCGUCACCACCUCCGAUCUCAUCAUACCCAUCAGCUCCUCAUAUGCUUUUAGCACUCUCCAGCGCCGGAGUUGGACUCUCAAUUCCGCCGGAAAACACAGCAGCACCGUUAAACCUUAGUUCUCCGAUGGGUACUAGUAGAAAAAGAUUCAGAACGAAAUUCACACAAGAACAAAAGGAAAAGAUGCAUGAAUUUGCUGAAAAAGUUGGGUGGAAGAUGCAGAAAAGAGAUGAAGAAAUGGUGAAUGGAUUUUGCAAUGAAGUUGGUGUUGAUAGAAGUGUUCUUAAAGUUUGGAUGCAUAAUAAUAAGAACACUUUGGGAAGAAAAUUAACAGAUCAUGUUAAUGGUAACGGCGCCGCCGCCGUGGGAACCGCCGUUGACGGUGGCUCCGGUGGUGGUUUUAGUGUUCAUGAGAAUGAGAAUAAUGGGACUAAUGUUGCUGCCUGUGGUACUACUAAUGGGUCUUCUUCUUCUUCUUGAUCUUUUUUUUUAUGAGA